AUACUUCCACAGAACAAAGGUUUGCUUCCUUAGUUAUUAUGUUAGUUGAUGUUCUCAUUGCUGUGACUGAAUGCCUCACGGAAGCAACUUCCAGGAGAAGAUUGCUUCUCUCAGGAUUUCAGAGGGUUUACUGUCUGUCACAGUGGAGAAGGCACUGCUUGGCUCGACUGUCUGAUUGUCUCCAGGACCCCAGGGUCUAGCAUGUCCCCUCCUCAGCCAGGGCCUGUAUUAGGUGGCUGGCUCAAUUAUUUAGCGGGGGUGUAGAGAGGGGACCCCCCACACCACAAGAAGUACAUUUGUUUGUUCUCUUCUUCCUCAUAUAUGUGGGUUGUGGGGCUUGAACUCAGGAGUUCAGGCUUGCAUUUUUGAAUGGCAAGCUCCUUUACUGGCUGAGCCAUCUCACUGGUCCCAUAAGACACAAUUCUAAAGGAAGUGGCAUGGAAAAGUUGCACAUGGUCCAAGACGUGUGUAUGAGGAACCUAUUAUGUGCCGAAUCACAGAGUGCGUCUGUAAGGAAAGAGGUCUUUUGUUUUCAAAUGCUUACUUCGUAGGGAUUUAUUGCAAGGGUGGGAAAGAGGCUUAACACGCAAGCAUUGAACAGACUGAGAGGCUAAGCUUUAGUCUGAAUAAAGGUCCUUUGCUUUUACUUAUGAAUGCAGGCUCCGUGGUGGUUUUGGGAGGACCCCAUAAUCUCCUGGCAUCUGCAGCAGAAUGAGGGUCCCAAGGAGAGCGAGGCGCAAAGGUGUACGGUGGCCACAGAGCCCCCAGAGUGCCUGCGGUGAAGUGGUGGAAUACGGACCCGGGGUCUCAGGUCCCUUCUUGCGUCCCCGAGAGAGCACAAUAUGAGAACCCGGCUGGGCGCACCGGGCCAGCGCCCUCUAGGCAGCGGAAGUGGCGCGGACUGUACAUCCGUCCCCGCCUCAGAGUUGGGAGCAGACAGGCAGAGUUGGGGGGGUGUGCGGGAAAAAUGCAAGUGUAAAGUCUUUGAAGCAUGUAGGGCGACUCGGGGGCUCCCAGAAACGGCACCUCAGGUCUGAGGCCAUGAACGCGAGCGGCGGCGAGGGCGACAGCUUCUCAGGGUCGGUGCAAAUCCCUGGAGGCACCACGGUCCUGGUAGAGCUGACUCCGGACAUCCACAUCUGCGGUAUCUGUAAGCAGCAGUUCAGCAACCUGGAUGCCUUCGUAGCUCACAAGCAGAGCGGCUGCCAGCUGACCAGCACGCCGGUGACAGCCCCUAGCACAGUCCAGUUUGUGUCGGAGGAGACAGUGCCUGCCACCCAGACCCAGACCACCACAAGGACCAUCAGUUCGGAGACACAGACCAUCACAGUUUCAGCUCCAGAAUUCGUCUUUGAACAUGGCUAUCAAACUUACCUGCCCACGGAGAGCAACGAAAACCAGACAGCCACCGUGAUCUCGCUCCCCGCCAAGACACGUGCCAAAAAGCCCACCACGUCCCUUGGGCAGAAGAGACUGGGCUGCUGCUAUCCAGGUUGCCAGUUCAAGACUGCCUACGGCAUGAAGGACAUGGAGCGCCACCUGAAGAUCCACACAGGUGACAAGCCCCACAAGUGCGAGGUGUGCGGGAAGUGCUUCGGCCGGAAGGACAAGCUGAAAACGCACAUGCGCUGCCACACGGGCGUCAAGCCCUACAAGUGCAAGACGUGCGACUACGCGGCGGCCGACAGCAGCAGCCUCAACAAGCACCUGCGCAUCCACUCGGACGAGCGGCCCUUCAAGUGCCAGAUCUGCCCCUACGCCAGCCGCAACUCCAGCCAGCUCACCGUGCACCUGCGCUCGCACACGGCCUCUGCGCUCGAUGACAAAGUCCCGAAACCAUCGGACCUCGCUGCUGAAGACGGUGACACCCAGCAGGCCCCUGCUGUCGCGCUACCCUCGGAAGCAAAGGAACAGACGGGCACCCUCGGAGAGAGGACCUUUAACUGCUGCUACCCAGGCUGUCAUUUCAAAACCGUUCACGGCAUGAAAGAUUUGGACCGCCACGUGAGAAUCCACACAGGCGACAAGCCGCACAAGUGUGAGUUCUGUGACAAGUGUUUCAGCCGGAAGGACAACCUGACUAUGCACAUGCGCUGCCACACGAGCGUGAAGCCACACAAGUGCCACCUGUGCGACUACGCGGCCGUGGACAGCAGCAGCCUCAAGAAGCACCUGCGCAUCCACUCGGACGAGCGGCCUUACAAGUGCCAGCUCUGCCCCUACGCCAGCCGCAACUCCAGCCAGCUCACCGUGCACCUGCGCUCGCACACGGGGGACACCCCCUUCCAGUGCUGGCUCUGUAGCGCCAAGUUCAAAAUCAGCUCGGAUCUGAAGCGCCACAUGAUCGUGCACUCGGGGGAGAAGCCUUUCAAAUGCGAGUUCUGCGAUGUCCGCUGCACCAUGAAGGCGAACCUCAAGUCGCACGUCCGCAUCAAGCACACCUUCAAGUGUCUGCACUGUGCGUUCCAGGGCCGGGACCGGGCGGACCUGCUGGAGCACAGCCGACUGCAUCAGGCUGACCACCCCGAGAAGUGCCCCCAGUGCAGCUACUCCUGCUCCAGCCCGGCCGCCCUGCGCGUGCACAGCAGGGUCCACUGCAAGGACCGGCCCUUCAAAUGUGACUUCUGCAGCUUUGACACAAAACGGCCCAGCAGCCUGGCCAAGCACAUGGACAAAGUGCACAGGGAAGGGACCAAGACAGAGAACAGGGCCCCGCAGGGGCAGGGCAAGGAUGGGCCGCAGGAGAGCAGCCCCCACCACGUGGCCCAGAUUAUCACCCAGAGGGCCUUCCAGUGUGACAAAUGUGGCGCCUCCUUUGUCAGGGACGACUCCCUGAGGUGCCAUCGGAAGCAGCACAGCGACUGGGGUGAGAAUAAGAACUCAAACUUGGUCACUUUCCCCUCAGAAAGCAACGUUGCUUCGGGGCAGCUCAGCCCGCUGGUCUCUGUGGGGCGGCUGGCGAGCACCCUGGAGCCCAGUCAUGACCUCUAGAGCAGCGCCUGAGUGGUCUUAGGAAUCUGAACAACACCGGUGCCAGCCCCUCGUGGUGACACCAUGAGGAAGACCCCCUGUCUUCUCCUCCAGAGUUGGCAGCCCCAACCUCCCCAGCCUCCAGCAGCGGAGCAGCUGACCCAGGAGGGCAGAGGUGCCAAAGGGAGGCCACAGAGACAAUUGCCCACCGUCCAGCUGCCUGCUUGGAUGAUGCAUUGUGGCUUGGGUCAUUCAAGGGUGGGAGCCACUAAGCACGCCUCUGGCCCGUUGGGGAGAGUUGCUCUGCGUGGAUUGUGGUUUGAAAACUGACUGGUCUCUGGCGGAGUUAUUAAGCUGGCAAACCCAGAACACUGCAUCUAAACUGAGCUGUGGGGGGGAAAGGAGUCGGUGCUCCGUCAGGGUAUAUGGUAAAGCUCUUUCUUAACUUGAGUAUGACUGUUAGUGUUGGCCUUAUACAUUUGUGCGGUGUCUUUUCUG